GCGCUUUCGCUUCGCGAGAAGAUAGCUGCUAACUUGAAAAGGCUCGUCGAAUGCGGACAUCAAAGGUGUCGCGUGAGACGCAGCGUGUUACGUCCGCAUUGACCUCAAUCAAGCGUGCCGGCAGUGGUACAGGACAUGCUCGUAAACGAGUUGAGGUGGGCGAUGGACUUACUGGUGAUGGAACGAACACUACUCGAUCAAACGAUUGGUCAAUAUCUGGCCUAAAGGACCGCUUGUCGGAAACGCAAGCAUCGUCUACAGUCUUACCUUCAACUACACUCGGGAAGCGGAAACGGGAGGGCACUUCAACCUUAGCGACAGCGAACAUUCAGACGGACGUCACCAAUGCAACAGCACCCCGCAGGUCACCUCGCAAAGCAGCGCAAUCCGCGGACCAUUAUGCUCACACCGACACAACUGGUAAAGCCCGUCGUCAGCCCGCUAAGCGCGUUAAAGGCCCCAAGGGCGAGAUCGCCGUCGAACCGCCGCCAAACUGGGAGCGUGUCUACGAUGUUACGGCAGCAAUGCGGAAGCGAGUGCUCGCUCCAGUCGACACGAUGGGUUGCGAAUCCCUAGCAGAGGACCACAAGCCGCCCCGUGACCGACGUCUGCAAACGUUGGUGUCGCUCAUGCUGAGUAGCCAAACAAAGGACACUGUUACCGCCGUCGCCAUGCGGAACCUUCAGCAGAACCUACCCGGUGGCUUCUGCCUCGAAAGUCUCCUGAAAGUUGAGCCCGAGCAGCUUAACGAGCUCAUCGGAAAGGUUGGCUUUCACAAUAACAAGACCACCUUUAUCAAGAAAGUGGCCGUCAUUCUCCGGGACCAGUACGACGGGGACAUCCCUGAUACGAUCGAGGGUCUGGUGUCACUUCCUGGUGUCGGACCGAAGAUGGCUUAUCUCUGCAUGUCAGCAGCCUGGGGUCGGGAUGAAGGCAUUGGUGUUGACGUCCAUGUUCAUCGGAUCACUAAUCUGUGGGGCUGGCACAAGACCAGCACGCCAGAACAAACGAGGGCUGAGCUCGAGGCCUGGUUGCCGAGAGAUAAAUGGCACGAUAUCAAUCAUUUACUCGUUGGCUUCGGACAGACGAUCUGUGUGCCUGUAGGACGGCGAUGUGGAGAGUGCGACCUUGCCAAGGAGGGUUUAUGCCCGAGUGCAGUGGCAAGCAACCCAGUCAAGCGAAAGGCGAGAACGAAGAUCGAAGUCAACGUCGAUGAAAGUGAGGCAAAUGUCGUAAAAGUAGAGAAGGUCAAGGUGGAGCAAGAUGAGAUUGCCGUUAAGGUGGAGGCUGUCGUCGGAGAUGGAUCUACGCUGGAAGACGUGCGUACAUUUACCGAGGAUGCCGAGCGGCCAGGUACAAAUUGAAGGCUUGAUAGUGACUAGCUUGUCUUGACACCUUUCCUCAAAGACAUCCGCAUCCGUAGCUUUGUGAUACAGUUCACGAUGGAGUCGUAUCCGGCUCGAGUUGCCGUUUUGAC